AUGAUGGACGUCGAUCAUGGUGCCGUGGCUGAAGAUCGGUCUCGUCGAGCCACCAGUGUCCUGUCCAUGGAUGACAUCGAAGCCGCCCAAGCCCUCGAGGGCCUCCGUACUGAGUACGGGCAAUCCCCUCGAACAUCACAGACGACCUCGCUGAACCCCCCCGAUUCUAAGCCGCAACCAGAGCCCCUCCUCUCCCUCCUUACCUCUACCCAUCCCCUGAUCUCGUCCGCCAUCAACGGCUCGGUGUCGGCCUAUACGAACUCCAAAUCCUACUCCCCUCGCUUCAAGUCCAGCGCCGAAUUCAUCGAGCGCAACAUCGGCUCGCCGGUCGCCAACACGGUUGGCACAGUGGGUCGGAAGACGGGCGUGGAAAGCGGGCUGCGGUGGGCUCUACAACGUCGAGCCUCCUCUUCCGCCCAGUCAAGUCGAUCGAAACGUCGGAAAGUCAGUGGGGAGCAGCCUUCGACCGAGGUGGACGUGGAGAAGGGACCGGAUGACACCAUGGGUUCCCCGCGUAUGGGCAGCCCUUCGGACCUGUCGCCGGCCGAGGGUCCUCCCCCGUACGACGAUCAGAAAUCUCCCAACUACGAUGAGAUCAGUCGAGAUAGUCCAUCCCGGCAGACUCCACCCACAUGGCAGAGCCGAUUGAUGAUCUCUACGUCGGGAUUGGGCGUGGCCAUGAGCGAAGAAUCGCUCCGCAGCCUGCAGUAUUGUCUGACGUGGUUGCGCUGGGCCAAUGGACGGCUGGACAAGGCCAUCGAUGCGCUGAAGACCGCCCUCAAGGAAUGGGAUAGCUCGAGGCAGCAGAAUGACGAUGGGGCUGCCGGGCACGAUGCCUCUAGCACCACCCUCCUUUCGCAGCGGAUCCAGGCCGUCAAGGAGGAUGUGCUGUCGACAUUGAAGCGGGUGGUGGACAUCGUCUCGAAGUACGCCGGGGGAGCGCUCCCGGAAAAUGCGCGGAACUUGGUCCGCCGGCAUCUUACCUCCCUGCCGCAUCGGUUCCAGAUUGCGUCGACCUCCCACCCGCCGCCGGAUUCGCUGGCGGCUGCCUCAGACGCCACCGUGGGCGCCCACCGGAUCCUCGUAUUGGCCCAGGAGGGGCUGGAUAUGAUGUCGCAGGUCAGCGGGGUAGUCAAUGAUACCCUCGUCAGCGCGGAACUGUGGUGCGAGAGACUGGGUCGGAAGCGCUCGGACGGCAAACAUGGCGCGCAGGUGUCACCUCCCCGAGAGCACGACGAGCCAUACCCGGCGGAUGUGAAGCUGCCUAUCCAGGCGUCUUCUCCCCGAGACGUCUCUAUGACUGGCAUGGAGAGCGCCUGA